AUGAAAGUGUCAGAGGAUGGCAAAACAUCGCCAGAAUUCCUUGAUAUUUUAUAUUCGUUUGCAAAUGAAGAUGAUAAAGAAAAAGAUACAGCGAUAAAUAGACGACCAGUAUGCUCUAGAUGUUGUCGUCCAGUUGCUGUAUGUUUGUGUCCCUAUUUACCCGAGAGUCCGGUAUCUAUAGAAACCAAUGUCUUUAUCCUACAACAUCCUCUUGAGGAAAGCAGAAACUUGGCUACUGUUCCAAUUUUAUGUGAAUGUUUACCAUCAGAAAAAGUUCAAAUUAUCAAAGGAAAAAAAUUCUCACCUCGGAGAUACCCAAAAGUAGCUGAAAUUCUUAGGAGUUCCAACACCCUUCUGUUGUUCCCAGACUCUGAGGCAGCUGAUAUUGAAGCUAUUCCCCCAGCACCAGAUGGUCAGCCAUACAAUCUUGUCCUCUUAGAUGGUACCUGGGGGCAGGCCAAAGGCAUGUUUCUACAUAACGAGGUGUUUUCUUGGCCAAAAAAGAUAAAAUUGAAUCAUAGCUGCAAGAGUAAGUUUGUGAUUCGUACUCAACCAAAUGACAUGUCACUAUCCACACUGGAAUCAACAGCCAUAGCGUUAGCAGCACUGGAAAGAAAGCCGGAUAUUGUCAAUAUUUUGACACGUCCUCUGGAAGCUCUUUGUGAUUUCCAAAUUCAACAUGGAGCCUGCAAGCAUGACAGCAAAGUAUUCAAAAUAGAAAAUGGACUCUGGAAUAAGACUUUAAAAAAGAAGUACUUAAAGAAGCUAGAACAAGAUGGGACUUUAGGAUCUUCACAAAUUCCAAAUUCAAAAGAACAGCCAUCUUGACAAUGACAGCCAGUUUAGAACAAUUUUAAAUACAUGUAUAUAAAAUUAUAAAUAGAAAUUAUAAGUGCAGUUUAUUUGUCCCAGGCAAACCAUGGGGCACACUGUUAUGUUCACAGGGCAGUUAAAGCAAAAGAGCACAAGGCAGUCUAACUUGAUUUACAACAUAUUUCACAUUCAAUACAAAAUACAUGUACAUUUUAAAUAAAUAUUCUGCCCUGUUCUCACAAAUGUGCAUUAAAUAAUAUGUAGAUUAUUGUGAAAUAAAAAUCAUACAAAUUUUUGCAUUCACAUGACAGUUAAUGUACAGGAAGUUUAUGUGCAUUAAAAUUAUUUCUAAUGGAAGGCUUUUAUGAUGUAAAAUUUAUUUCUAUCAGAAGGCUUUUAUGAUGUAAAAUUUAUUUCUAUCAGAAGGCUUUUAUGAUGUCCUUUGCAAAUUGCAUCACCUUAUGCAGAGCAGAUAUACAUUUGACAUGUCAUAGUCUUUACACAUUUUUAGCUCUUCUGAGCCAAAGGCUUAAAGAGCUAAUGUUAUGGCCAUUUGUGGGGUCUGUGGAUAAACUUAAUUUUUCUUUGUUUUUUUCACUCAAAAAUAAGUGCUUAUCCGACCACCACCAUGUGGCCUUUAAUUUACUUAAUUUUGCCAUUACACAUGCAUCAAAAUUUAAUUCGAAUUAGUUUUGCUUAGCGUUCACACAGAGUUAAUGGAAAGCAAUUUCAUGUGCAGUAAAUUAAUUCAAAUUAAUCAAAUCUGCGCUUAAUUCUCCUUAUUCAUCUCUUGACCUUGGAGUUUGAUUUCCAUUUUAAGAAACUACUUGAACCUUUGCCACGAGUUGCCAUCUGGGGGCAUCAGUGCUUCAUAAACACAUCUUGUUUUUUGUUGUUUUUUUUUUUGUUUUUUUUUAUAGAUUUAGUAUAAAUAUAUGCUCUCAUGAAUGGGAUUUUUUAUAUCAAUAACCUUUUAUUUGUGUAAAAAAAGAAAUCUUAUGCAAUUUAAUUUUUUUCUCUCCAUUACAGGAUCUUGGAAGGUAAUUACAUUUUGUAAAACAUUCAAAAACUUUGUUUUAAAGACGUGUUGUUAAACUGUGCCAGAUGUAAGUGUAGAUUGAAUACGCAGAGAUUGAGACAAUUUAUGAACAAUGUGUUGAACUUUUCAUUGAAUAUGAGUGUUAAGUUGAGAAGUAAAAUAAUACAACUGCAAUUGUUUCCAAUUCUGCUAUUACAUUUUCAGCAAUAACAAAUACACACCAAUGCUUCAGCACAUUUAUUUAAAUAUGUGAAAAAUCAUGUAAAAUCAACACAGAAUUUUGUUUUAUAUUCAAAGAAAUUGUCAUCAAAGUAAUGCAAUAAACAUUAAAAACAAA